AUGGCCAACUCCAAAAGAUUGUUCGGCGUUGUACGGAGGAAACUUCUCCGGCGAUCUCACAGCAGAAUCACAAUCAUUCGAUCAUCCCAACAAACCACUAAAGAAGACAUUGCCGCCAUUAAAAUCCAAGCUUGUUUCAGAGGUCACCUUGGAAGAAGAGCGUUUAGAGCGUUGAAGAGUCUUGUGAAGUUACAAGCGGUUGCGAGAGGAGUGCUUGUGAGGAGACAAGCUCGAAUAGCUUUACAUUGUAUGCAUGCUCUUGCUCGUUUGCAGGUUAGGGUUCGUGCUCGUCAGAUCCUCUCUCAUUGA